AGCUGUGCAGCUUUUGGAGGACUGAGUGGAGAAUGUGAGGAGCAGAUGAUCUGCUUCCAUGUGGAAAACCUGCUUUUUGUUCACUUUUAACGGUUUUCAUCAACAUUUAACGGUUAAAAGCGACGCUGGAGCGGAACCGUAUCUGAUGAUGACGACGAUGAAGGUGUUUCGCUGUCCUGGCCGCCAUGGUUACGCCGUGGAGGCGUCGCCGUUCCUCCCGAAUCGACUGGCCUGCGCGGCGUCCCAGUACUACGGAAUAACUGGUUCUGGAUCUCUGUUUGUUCUGGAUCAAACUGAAACUGGGGUUGUUUUAGUGAGAAGCUGGCAGUGGAGUGACGGGCUCUUCGACGUUGCGUGGAGUGAAGCUAAUGAACACGUCUUGGUGGCGGGAGGCGGAGACGGCAGCCUGCAGCUUUGGGACUCAGCCAAUCAGAGCGCUCCGCUGAGAGUGGUCAAGGAGCACACACAGGAGGUUUACUCUGUGGACUGGAGUCAGACCAGAGCAGAGAACCUCAUCGCCUCUGGAUCCUGGGACCGCUCUGUUAAAGUGUGGGACCAGAAUCUCGGCAGCUCCUUGUCCACGCUCAGGGGUCAUGAAGGGGUCGUCUACAGCUCCAUCUGGUCUCCUCACAUCCCAGGAUGCAUUGCUUCAGCCUCAGGCGACGGGACGCUCAGAGUCUGGGAUGUGAAGGCCGCCGCCUGCCGGUUGGCUGUUCCUGCUCACAAAGCUGAGAUCCUGAGCUGUGAUUGGUGCAAAUACGACCAGAAUCUGGUGGCUACAGGAUCAGUGGACUGCAGCGUGUGUGUGUGGGACCUGAGGAACGUCACACAGCCCAUCAGUCAGCUGCUGGGACACAGCUACGCCAUCCGCAGGGUCAAGAUUAAACACGGUCCGGAUCAGCAAAGAACCAAAAGUUCUCCCCGUUCAGUCGGACCAUUCUGGCCUCCUGCUCCUACGACUUCACCGUCCGGACCAGGAAGAGAAACGGUCUUUCAAUUAGCCUGAUUGGCUGCCUGAGCUGCUGCUUCGUUGUCUCUCUGCUCUCACGUCUUUAUCCUCAAAACCAGGUUUGGUGAACGAUCGUUUUCCCCGCUGUCCCUCCAUGUCUCCCGGUCCGUGUCUCCCUGUCCGUGUCUCCCUGUCCGUGUCUCCCGGUCCGUGUCUCCCUGUCCGUGUCUCCCUGUCCGUGUCUCCCUGUCCGUGUCUAACGGUCCGAGUCCCAUUUCUGCUGCUCAGCCUGUAUAAUUCAUCUACACUGUGAUGUCAUUAUGUUGAAGGUUUUGUUGGGAAAAAUAAUUGUGUUUUCAUCUCAUUUAGCUGUCUGCACACACACGCGCACACACAC